UACAGGCGGUGACUUUAACCACUCCGUUAAACUUAAACGGGCAAUGUUUAGAAUAAGAGCAGGUAAAGUCGAGAACGUUGCUGGUGUGCAGUGGUAAACGGGAUAAACGAAGUAACUGCGUUUUUUAGCUAAACAGACUGGUUAACAGCGGGUAUAUACCGCUUUUAUCACUCUAACGCUACCCCCAGAAUGACGAGUAAAAUAGAGACGGUUUCGGACUUUUAACAACAUCGGGACACAGCUAACUUAGCUUAAAGCAAGAAACAAACUAACGUUAGCUUAACUGGGGACGUUUGUAAACGUUUGUUGGGUUUAGUUUUUCCGUUAUACAGUACAGCACCGACGCUGACGGUAACUUAACAUCAGGUUAGCAUUAGUUAACACUAUCGAAAAAAGCUACAAACUCCAAAGUCGAGUCGAUUUCCAAGCCGUUUAACGUGGCCCACUUUAAUACAAAAUAGAAUUUUGUUGACUUCGAAUCAAAAAGAUUUCUACUUGAACAGAAAUAAACACUGGACAUUAACGUACCUACAUCAAGGAGCUGAAUGGCCUCCGUUGUAGCGGUGAAAACUGAGAAGCGACCUGCAGCUGAUUCUCAGGAUGCAGACUCAAAUGCAAAAAAGCCCAGGAAACUGCUGCCCAGCCUGAAGACCAAGCGAGCCCCCGAGCUGGUCCUGGUGAUUGGCACAGGGGUGAGCUCUGCAGUGGCCCCUCAGGUCCCUGCACUCCGCUCCUGGAAAGGCCUCAUCCAAGCCUUACUUGAUGCAGCAAAUGACUUUGACCUACUAGAGGAGGAGGAGAGCCGGCGUUUCCAGAAGCACAUGCAGGAAGAUAAGAAUUUGGUGCAUGUGGCCCAUGACCUCAUUCAGAAACUUUCCCCGAGAACAGGAAACGUGCGAUCUACAUUCUUCAAGGACUGUCUAUACGAGGUGUUUGAUGACUUGGAGUGCAAGAUGGAGCAUGCAGGGAAACAUCUACUGCGCUCAGUGUUGCAGUUAAUGGAGAGCGGUGCACUAGUCCUCACCACUAACUUUGACAACUUGUUGGAGAUAUAUGCAGCUCACCAGGGCACCAAGCUGGAGUCUUUGGACCUGACAGAUGAGAAAAAGGUGUUGGAGUGGGCUCAGGAAAAACGGAGGUUAAGUGUUCUGCAUAUCCACGGUGUUUACACCAACCCCAGUGGUAUUGUACUGCACCCUGCUGGCUACCAGAAUGUACUGAGGAACACUGAGGUCAUGCGCGAGAUCCAGAAGCUGUAUGAGACCAAAUCAUUCGUAUUUCUUGGCUGUGGGCGCACAGUGGACGACACAACCUUCCAGGCUCUGUUCUUGGAGGCAGUCAAACACAAGUCGGACCUGGAGCACUUCAUGCUUGUGCGGCGCGAGGACGUGGGUGAGUUCAAGAAGCUGCGUGACAACAUGCUGGACAAGGGCAUCAAAGUCAUCUCCUAUGGAGACGAGUAUGCCGACCUGCCUGAGUACUUCGAGAGGCUGGCCAAUGAGAUCUGCAACCGUGAUGUGUCUACCAAUGGCUGGGGGUCUCCCUCACAAAAUGGUGAAGAGCAGCAGAAUGGAUUUAACACACAGAAAAGCCUCCUUCAAGACUAUCAUUCCUGACAGGCACACGGUCGGGAUCAGUAUCAGUCAUUUUCCUCCACAGCUCCGUCAAGAGAUCAGUGUAUUUCGAGUAGUACUCGAUUGUGAUUUCAUUCGGUGGAUUUAGGAAUCCAGGAACAUUAUGGGCCAUGGGAGACCUAAAAGCUGUCAGUAUUUUGCAGAUAUUUAAGGUAAUCGUCAACACUAAUACCCAACCUCACGGAUCCCACUGUACUGUAUUUAAAUGAUGCUGAAACCUCAACAUUUGGGAUGCUAAAUGCCAAUUUAAAUAUGCAGAUGAUGCAAUGAUAAGCUGCUUGGAUUUGGACAUACAUUUAUCAAGAAUGCAGUUAAACAAACUGCAUCACCGUCACCUACCUGCCCUAUUAUGAAAAGCUCUAGGUGGAAGCUGUAACGCACAUCACAUGUUCUCAACUGAAAACAAUCUUGGCGAUAUAUAAGGAUUGUAUCUGUCAUGCUCAACCCUGACACCAGAAAAACUUGAUUUGCACAUUACUGGCAGGGGAAUGGGAAUGGUGGAAACUUCUCAGUCAUGGAUGGUUACUUGGUUUUGCAAACACAUAAAUGUUAUGAUUCUGUCCUCAACUUUAAGUUCAGGAGAGUAUGUUUUCAUAGCUGUUUUCAUAGCAGAGACGCUCUGCCAGUAGCAAUCACUUUGCCACUCCUUUGCUGAAAAUAAAUAAAAUGUUCUUUGUAA